AUGUCUUUGAAUAAUGAUUCUAUGGCUUCUUUGAAGGAGAUGUGGAAGCAAAAUUCCCCAGAACAAUCACAUGAAAACAGUUAUGCAAUGGAAAAUCAUCUUCAACAGAAUGGAGGACAUAAUAUUGAAGGACAUAGCGAGGAUUCUGACCACACCCAUAGAGAAAAAGAUCUUGCUGUUCACGAUAAAAUGACGGUAAUAGAGCAAACUUUCAAAACACUCGGUGGAGAUCUAGAGGAUGUAAAGAACUUGAUGUUUAAACUUCAGAAGAUAUUGAAAAGCGGAGACGAGGAGGACGAGUAUGCCUUCGGUCGGAAACAGUGUUUUUCAGAAGAAAGCUCCUGUGAAGUGUCAGUCAUUGAAGAAAAAGAGGGUAGAGACGUUGUUACGCGAUUACAACAAGAAGAUAACCCGACAUGUUCCGAGUCUUUAAGAGAAAGUUCGGCUGAGUCAUUAGAAAGCAGCAGUCAGUACUCUGGUCUUGUUGCGGAUAUCGAAGUUUUGAAAGACAAACUCGUUUCGCUCAAAAGAAAUCUCUCGCAAUGA